AGGAGUGUUGAGGUAACAGCUGCUCUGCCUUACAGGAGAUUGGAGGGGGACUCCGCUGACGUCCUCUGAAUCUCCCUCAAGGAGAAACACGCAUAUCGACAAAAACAAAUAGGGCGCUUUGGAUCGACGCUGGUUGCUUUCGUGGAAAUGUGUUUUGACGUUUUGCUGCCUGCAUCCAGUAUCCAGACAGGCGUGUGCGUUAGAAAAUCCUCGAUGCAUUCUCUUCCCAUCAUCCAUGUUUCUGGACAUGCAGCCAUAACAACAACAACCUCAUCAUCCUCACCACUGUGAAGGUGAUGAAGCUGGUGGUGAAAUGGUCAGAACCGAGAGACUAUUUGAGAAGAUAUGCAUGCACUUGAUGUGUGAAGGGCAAGGAGGAGACGGAGAGUGCGGGUGGGUAAUGUGGCGUUGCUCAUGCGACUUCGCCCAGGCUGCCGCUCUCGAGCAACCGUAUCGGGACCAGCGGCGGAUGGGGUGACUUACCCGCAGGGGAAGACCCGGACGAGGGCCGCCACAUCCUGAAGCGAUCCCCGGGGUGUCUCCGUGGGGCUAGAGGGACGGAGGAAAGAUGCAGGAGGCGACGGCAGAUGCAGAGGAGCCCAUUCUCAACGGAGCUGGGAGGGAAGAGCAGCGUCCAGUGAAGCAGUCCUUGGCUGCCUCUCUGUGUCGAGAGUCUCACUGGAAGUGUCUUCUCCUCACUCUGCUCAUGUUCGGCUGUUUUGGCACACUGGCCUGGUGCAAGCUGUGCAAAGUUCCAGUGCUAGCUCCGACAGAGCCUGAGGCUGCAGUUGUAGAGCCUGGAGACCCCUCUGCAACCUCAGCAAGCUCUGAUGUCUACAUCCCUCUAGAAGUGGAUCUGGAUAGUCCCUGUUCCAGCGGCUACAUUUAUAUUCCUCUCGCUUUCCUGGCUAUGCUCUACGUGGUCUACCUGGUGGAAUGCUGGCACUGCUACUCCAAAACGGCCAUGUUGGCUCAAGCAGAGGUUGCGGAGGUGUACGAGCGUGUGCAGAGGCUGCAGCAAGCAACGCCGUGCAUCUGGUGGAAGGCAAUCAGUUACCACUACGUGCGACGGACGAGACAGGUAACGCGCUACCGCAACGGGGACGCCUAUACAACUACUCAAGUGUAUCACGAGCGUGUAAACACGCAUGCUGCGAGCUCAGAGUUUGACUAUGCGAGGUAUGGCGUUAAAGAUGUUUCGAAGGAGCUUAGAGGCUUAAUGGAUUACCCUGCGGUACGGCUGCGCUUCACCAAAUGCUUUAGUUUUGCCAGUGCCCGAGCGGAGGCUGCCUACCUCACCCAGCGUGCACGUUUUUUUGGUGAAAAUGAAGGGCUAGAUGAUUACAUGGAGGCACGGGAGGGAAUGCAUUUGAAGAACGUAGACUUCCGUGAGCACAUCCUUGCUUUCCCGGACCCAGCCAGACAGCCCUGGUAUGCCAGGCGUAAAGUUUUCUGGCUGGCUUCAGCCCUGCUCCUGUCCUGGCCGCUUCGGGUUGUCGCGGAGUAUCGCACUGCGUAUGUGCACUACCACGUAGAGAAACUGUUUGGUGAUGCUGAUGAUAACAGCAGGGGUGAUGUAACCGAGAAUGGAAGCAGCAACGAGAAUGGAAAUGGACCUGGUCCUGGGACCGGCUCAAGCUAUCGUGCCAUUUCACGUGUUAAUACGGUGGACAUGACGGAGUUGGAAUGGCACAUUCGCUGCAACCAGCAGAUGGUGCCAAGCUACUCCGAGGCCCUUUUGAUGGAUCCCGGCUCAGGGGCUAACCAAGGCAGCAACACUCCUCCAGCCGGGCAGGGGACUAACUCAACAGCGGGUGGCCCAACUCUUCCAGUGGCCUUCGCUUCGGCUUACUUGCUCCAGAACUGUCCUCGUUGCCGGCGCACCACAAGUAGUGCUUCCCUGCCGUCCCGGCUGAGAGGCCCAACUGCGGCCCUGCUGAGUGGAACCAUGGCUGGGAUGAGAGCAAGUGGAUCAGGAGGUGCUCCUGCAGGCCCAGGACGGCUUGUCCUGAGCAGGAGUGGCUUCUCAUUGGGGCGGCUUCAGGCUCCUAGGCCAUCGUCUCUCUUCCACUCCCGAAGUGUCGGUGGAGGACUUGCAACAAGAGGAGAAGAGGCAAGUGGGGGAGGUGGUUUCUUGGGUUUGGGAGCUAGACAAGAUGAAGAGAGCAGAAGAGUGCUGGGGGGAGAGGGUGAUGAGGAUGAGGAGGUGCCAAAUGUGGUAGAAAGAGAAGAAGAAGAAGGUGAGAGAAACGGGGAGGAAAGAGAGCAACAGGAGGACGCAGUAGAAGAGGAAGCAAGGGAAGGAGACAGACCUCCUACAUAUCAGGAUGCCUUUUUCUUCCCAGUCUUGAUUGUGCAUGGAGAGGAGAGUUGCCAUUCAGGUGAGGACAUUUCCUGAAGGACUCCCAUUAAAAAGUGCACUGAGUUUGGAGGGGGGGAUGAUUAGAAAAGUCAUGUCCAAAUAGAAUGUGAAGAAAGUAAGUUCCACUCCCAUUGGUCACUGUUGCUAACUCAGACAAACUUUACAGAAUAUACUACAGGAAUGAACUGAAGAUAUACUUACACAGUGAGUUUUUACAGUUUUAAAUAAUGCAUGCAUAUGAUUGAGUAAAAAAAAAAAAAGGUGAAAACCAAUGCGAAUGCUGACCACAGGAGAAUGAAAAGAUGAAUCAAUACAUAUUUGGUUAAAGAUCAGAAAAAGAAAAAAAAUACAGCUUGUAUUGACUCCAGGUGCUUCGUGCCACUAUUAUAAGACCUGGCAACAAUGCUUUACCAUAAUAUCGGUAAAAUUGCAUUUAAAAGUAUCCAAUUACUCAGAUCCACCAUAGACUUUCAUAAAAAAAGUGCAAAAGCUUGUCUGAGAAAACCUUGAGUGGCAACAGUUGCUAAGUGGGAUUGGUCAAUAAAGUUUUUAAGGCAGCACUUAGAGAAUGGUCAGUUGGUUCAGCUUAUAGUGAUAGUUAACCCAAAAAUGAAAAUUCUGUCAUUAAUUACUCACCUUUAUGUCGUUCCAAACCUGUAAGACCUUCAUUCAUCUUCUGAACACCAAUUAUAAUAUUUUUGAUGAAAUCCGAGAGCUUUCUAAUCCUGCAUAGACAGCAAGAGUCCUACCACGAUCAAGGCAGCGUAGUAAGGACAUUGUUAAAAUGGUCCAUGUGACAUCAGUGGUUCAACUGUAAUUUUUACGAAGCUACGAGAAUACUUUAGGACCCUUGCUGUCUAUGGAGUAUCAGAAAGCUCUUGGAUUUCAUCUAAAAUAUCUCUAUUAGAAGGUGAACGAAGGUCUUUUGGUGCAUUCACAUGGGGCGUCAGUGCUUCUCGUUUACUUUGGAGUGACGUCAAGCAUUGCCGAGGGCAGCUGCGUCACAUCACUAGGGUUACUCACGGCAGAAGUUGAAAACACUUCAACUUUUUAAGCGGCAGUGCAGGCGUCAGCCAAUCAGAUCGCCUUAUUCAAAUAUACUUGUGCAGACGCUAGCCAAUCACAUUCAUGCAACACCAGAGAAGUAAUGUGAUUGGCAGUUUUGACCGUUUCAUCAGCUUUAAGCUUUAGCCACGCCCUUCGUCAAGUAUUGGCGCAGACGCCCCGUGUGAAUGUACCGUUACAGGUUUGGAACGACACAAGGGUGAGUAAUUAAUGACAGAAUUUUCAUUUUUGGGUGAACUAUUCCUUUAAGACUGAUGCAUAAAUUGACCAAACAAUGACUGAUGUUAAUAUAAACUUAUCUAUGCAAUAAAGAAAUAGCAAGAGUGUGUUUGUAAAAAUGUAAGAGGAUGUGCAACAAAAGAAGAACUUUCAAUAAACCGCACCUCCUCUGGUCAAGGAGCAAAAUGCACCAAAAGACAUGUUAUCGAAAGACAAUACCAUUGGAAAGUCUUCCAAAGAUCAUGAAGAGAACAGAACAUUUCAGUUCAUCAAGAGGAAUGUUAUUAAUCUGUAGCCGUGUGUCCCACAAGUCAAAAAAAAGUUUUGUUUUAUAAAAAAGAAAGAAAAAAGAAAAGAACAUCAUAAACUUGCACAAAUGUUGUAACUAUUUAUUUAUUGUUCUUUUUUCUUUCAAAAUUCUCUCAUCUACUGCUCUUAUGAAACGGAUCUUUGAAAGAACUAAUGGAUUCCAUUAUUGUAUAACCAUAUUAAGCUAUUUUCUUGCAGCUUCAUUGGGAGUAUUUUCUUUCUGCAGGCUUGCAAGUCCAACUAGUAAAAGUAUGUGAAAAUGUUUCCUCAGAUGAAACUAAAGCACUACAUUUUGCUUUUGUGAGGUGCUGUGAUCAAUUUGUAUUUACUGUAUGUAUGUAUGUAUUUUAUAUUUAUUGUUUGUUAGUGGAUAAUUGUUUAUUUGUACAACAUCAUAUCACCAAUUUGCCUCAUGAAGAGCUUGACACAGAAGAGCACCUCACAGACAUAAAUAAUGGCACAGCAUGUUGCCCUCCAUCGUAGCCUCUGUGCUCGUCUGUGAUUGGCUGAAACGUCAUGUGAAUAAAUAGGCCAAUCGUAGAUGAGACUGCUUAGUGUGCCAAGAUACAUCCAUCUCCUGGUAACUGUGGAUCCUCGUGAGACGUCUUAGUAGUGAGCUCAUUGCAGCAUACACAUGUGAAUGUGUUUCAUAAUUGGAAAAUGUGUACGAACGCAAAUCUUCCUACUUGUGUUAUGCUGUCGAGCUUCAAAUAUAAUCUGCAAAUAAGCCAAAAUGCACACGCUUAGUCCUACCAUAAGCCUACAGCAUGCAGACAUGCUCUCUCAUUUAUCCUUUAGCGGGUCACAUAGAUGUUGGAGUACUGCAGAUAAUUUAAAAACACCUUUGAUUAAGAAAAAAAAAUAUUCUUGCAAUACUGUCAAAAUGUUAUGUCACAACGUGAAUGUUGAUCUAACAGUGAUGUGGUGUCUAUUUAAAUCACAAUGAGAAUGUAAAGUACGUCAUCCGUAUUUGACUGUGCAGUGUGUUUCAUCCAUUCACCUCUUGUUGAUACCCAGAUGGUGGAAACUUGGAUUCCCAGUAUACUUGAAUUUUCAGAAAUCUGAAUUGUUUAAUUGAAUGCACAACUGUCUUUUGGAGCUUAAAUGGAUGACAAGAGGGGUUUUUUUUAGAUUUACUUUUAAGUUGCAGAAGAUUUGUGUUUGGCAUGUGUGUGUUUUCAAGGAAAUGCGAAUGUUUGUAUUUUUUUGAGAUUUCGAUGAGACAUAAGAACCCUUUAAUAUUUAAAAGUAGCAAAAUUAAAGCAAUACUUUCCUUUUUGUGACGAUGCCUUUUCAGAUGUAGCCAAAAUAACAGAUGUUUGCGAGAUACGGUAUGAUUAAUUUGUUCAGUUUACAGUAAAUAAACAAGAGCUUUAUAUUUGUCCGUCCCCCUAGGUUGUUAGCAAGUAAAAUAUUGCUGUUAUGCCUCAAACAAAAGGCUUGCCUGAAUUAUGUUUUACAGUAAUCUGGUUUAAAGUUAUGAAAGGAGGUAUGUAAGCUUGUUUGAGAGUGUGUGUUGGAGGGCAGCCUGAAAAUAAGGAUUGUCAAGACUGAUGAUCAUGAUACAAGUAAUACUGAUGGUACAUAAUAAACUGCUUGAUUUAAAAACGUA